AUGUUUUCGGCAAAAUGGGAUGACUCGCGGGUACAAUUCGUUUUUUAAUAUAAUUUUAAAAUGCUAAAUCACCCACGAUUAAUCAGCAUUAGCCUCUACUCGUUUCAAAAUGAAAUGAUUUUGAAUUCGAUGAGUUCGAAAUGAUUGCUAUCUCAUAAGUGCCAUGUAAUGACGUUUACUUGAUGUCAUAAAUCUGUUGAUAUUUAGUAUUCUGUCGAUGGAAAAAAUUUGCGUAUAUCUGACGAGAUUGAUUUGGGGGUCACAUUUGAUCGUCGUCUAUGCUUUCAUUCACAUAUUGAAAGAGUAACACGUAAGGGUCUUAAAAUACUCGAGUUUAUUAAGAGAAUUACUGUUGAUUUCAAACAUCGCAGUUCCCUUAUGGCCCUUUAUUGUUCAUUUGUUUGUUCUCACUUGGAAUAUGGCUUAAUAGUAUGGUGUUCUAAUACAAGAAGUGACCAAUACAAAGUUGAGCGUGAACAGCGUAAAUUGCUAAAGUAUGAGGCUUUUGUUCGAGGGACUGCUCGUCCGCUGAAAAACUACAUGCUAGUGCUUCAGGAGCUCAAUAUACGAGCUGACGCUAGCUGA